UUCCCAGUCGGGGGACGCCUUCCACCUCUGAGGCGCGUCUGCUCAUGUGGAAUCCAAUACGAACCGCUUAGCUGCCUCCCACAGGAACAUAUUAACUAUUAAAACCUCUUUCCGCAAACUGCAAAAGUAGAACUUACUUUGAUUACGUUUUAACACACUAGUUCAUGUGUUCCGAUGAGGUAAUCCCUCACUCUCUUCCGUUACUGGUGUGUGCAUAACAACUUAUGCACAAACUAGUACAUAUCCCAAUCAAAUACUAACCAAUUUUUCCAUUUACAGUAAAGUGAUAAGUGUAACUCAAAGUAUAUUUUUGAUGUAAAAUUACCUAUCAAUUUCAUUCCGUCGAAGUACAAAGUAUACCUACAUAUAAAGUGUGGAAAGAAUUAUAAUAGUAGUUAAAGUGAACUAAAAAUAAACAAUGUGUUGAAAAACUAUAGUGGUACAAUGAAUUUAGUGAAUGUGAUAAAGGGACCGUUUUGUGUGCAAAGUGUUUACUGUAAAACGAUAUGGGAUGACUCAUAGUGCAGAAUGUUACGUGCAACCCACUGUUCGAUCAGAAGAUGAUGCGCGAUAUCCACGACAAUGCCGGGGCAGGUUCAAGCGGCGGGAUGGAGGGAAGCGAGGGCGUCGGGAGUGGGGCUGCAGAGGUCGAUAUGGACGACUGCGGCUCCCUCGCCCUGCCGCCGGACCUGCCCCCCUACUCCGGUGACUACAUCAUCAGCGACUACAUGGAACGCCUCGGCACGCGCCUCAACAUCCUCGAAACAGAACUCAAGUACGCCUGGCGCGCGCUCGACCUCCUCAGCCAGGAAUACGUCAGAAUGUGGGAGCGACUCGAAAGAUUAGAGGCGUUAUUAGCUGACCAACAGGGUGUAAUAUCAACGCUACUCGACUUCUACACGUGUCGCACUGCUGCUAGAGAUCCGAUGAGUCGACUAGAAGUGAUCAGGGAAAUAUUAGGAAAUGGCACAGUUGAAGAUGGCAUCGAAGAAGGCUUGGACAUCGGAAGAACUUGUGUACUCGAUACUCAAGAAGAAGUUAUGGAAUCUAAUGAAGCCUUCUAUAAAAGCUUGAAUCAAGCAUAUAGAGAUGACCUUGUGUGUGAGGACACGUCGAGACCACCAUCGCAACUAGACAUGAUCUGGGAAGCCCCAGAAGAACCAGAUAUUGAGAUCAUACCAGCAAAUGCGAGGCAAAUUUAUAGUGCGAACGAUUAUAAGGAUUAUUGUGGACUACAAGGUGGACCCGGUAUUAGCGAAAGAGAUUUGGUGCAUUUAUCUACAUUAAGUACAAUAGAUCAAAUCACAGUAGAUAAAAUACAUGAAUUAGAUAGGUUGACAACUCAAUUACACAAAGAUUCGAGAGAGUUAAAAGACUUGAAAACUAGACUUCUUAGCCCAGAAACAAAAAUAACAUCAAAGCAUGAUAGAGACAUAGAAGCUAAGACGCUUGUCGAAGAUGGAAAUAUUAUAAACGAACAAUUAAAAAGUGUCUACUCUGGUGGUGAUAGUUGGGCUAUAAAUGACAUGAUGAAAAGUUUUGAUGACUUCAUAUUAACGAUGCCUAAAGAUUCUAUCUCUCGAGAAAAGUCACCAUCAAGAUUGUCACUCAACGAUAGUAACAUUCCUGAUAGAACAAUAGACUAUUUACCACCAACUCUUUCACCUCGACGAAAAUUUGUACCAGAACGCACUACGACAGAACCUUACACGACGGUAACUGGACGCUUGGCGUACAGUUCAGCGGUCGCUAAUGCCGAAAUUAAUGCAGCGAAGGCAAAUAAAUCCCCAAGUGCAUUAUCACGAGAACGAUUUGAGUACAGUCCUUCAUACCAAAUGGUUGAAAGUUCCAGGCCAACUUAUUAUACAAACAAAGGCUCACAACAACUCGGUGAUGUUUACAAAUCAAACACAGAUCAGUCUUCACCUUUACAUGUUCAUGACAUGUAUAACGGAGCUAUGGAUGGUCGAGUUGAUUUAAGUUAUGAGGAAAAUAGAUUACAUAAAUCUCCUAGCCCACCGCCUCCAGCCCCUCCAAAUGGGGCCGAUUUAUUUCCUUCAAUUGAAAAUAAUAAUGAUAGGCCUUUGUCUGGUCAAUCUUCGAUGCUCGCUACAGUACCUGCAGAUACUCUACGUUUAAGUCCAAGAUCACCAAAGUCUCCUAAAACCUCGCCUAAACAUGUCAAAAGAGAUACAACGAAUAUAGUAGCUGCUAAGUCAGAUUCAGGAUUGUCAUCAAUGAGUGGCUGGUCUAGUCUAGAAAAAAGUCCUGGCUCUCCAAAAACAGGCCGCGUCGCUCAUGCGAGUCAUGAUACUCAUAAAAUGAGAAUGUCGUCGCCACAAUCAAUACAAAGAAUGUCAUAUGAAAUUGAUGCUAAACCAUACAUGGAAACAUUAGUAGAUUCCUACGCCUAUGAGGCAAAACAUUUAAAAAGUGAUUACAAUAUAAGAAAAUCUGAACAUAGUAUGGCUAAAGAAGCAUCUAUUCCACGAGAUAUGUCUAAAUUUCAAGGAAAAGUUGAUAGUUCUUAUCUAAAAGGUGACAUUCCAUAUUCAAUGACCGGUCAAAGCAGUCAAAUAAGUAGUAUGUCAGAAUAUUAUUACGGAAACGAAGCUCCGUCAAUAUAUUCGGUAGCAGGAAAUAGGCAACCAAUAUUUACUACUGUGUACAGUACGCCCCGUGGUAUGUUAUCCGAUGACAAGAGUUUUUCCGAAUUAUUAGAUAGAAAUGAAAUUGUUGAAUCAGUUGCAAGACCUGCAAUGGAUUCUUACCCGCCAGAACCAAGUUAUCAUGCACAGACUGUUGUAAUGUCAGCGGCGAAUACUAGUAAAAGGUCAAUGACUAGAGCAAACACAAUGGGAGCAAACGAUCCCCACUUUUACCAAAAUGGUUAUAAAGGAGCGGGACGCGGAGGAUACCCACCUAGCAAUCUUACCGACGCACUGUCUUACUAUCCUACGUCUACCCGCUACGAUUCACCAAAACAAACCUCAUUAGAAGAUCAAUUAUCAUGGCAAGGAGGAAGUAGAUCACCAACAAGCUCAAUGGAAACGUCAAGUUUGAAAUCACAUUCCCUAAAUAUAUCAGAGAGAAAACAAUUUCAAAAUCAGUUGCAGCAAGAAUACUUCAAGCAACAACAAUACGAUCAACGUAACGGCAAUAUUAUGUAUGAAAACCAGGGAUUUGAAAACCAAGCCGUUCCAGAACAUUCAAAAAUUAGAAAAGAACAGUAUGUAGAUUCAAGUGGUAUACUUGUUUCUGAAUCUGGUUACCUAUCCAUUGCAAGUAAUCUCAAAGGGAAAACUCAAGACAAACAAUUAAAAAAGCCAAAAAGAACUUCCUCACUGAAAUCAGCUAUGUCCUCGAUGAGUCAUUGGUUACCUGAUUUGCAUUUGCCUAAGAAACAUAGAUCGCAUUCUCUGCCAUCUGGAGUGGACAAUGUAGAACAGCCACAACAAGAAAAGACUUUAAAAGAAAGAAUACUCUCAGCUCAGAGAAGAAAAAAGAAAUAUCAUUUAGUGGCAUCUAUGUCGGGUUUGUUACAAAAAGCACGGAGAAAGCAUCAAGCAAGCCAUCAGUCGCUAUCAGAUCCGGAAACAUCUGAAACAGAAUGGUCUGGUGGUAGAUCAAGUGCUCAAUCAGAGGACAGCGACAGCGUGUUUUCAGACUCUACUCAUGAAAAUAACUUAUUCUCGAAAGUUCCUAAUAAACCUAAACAAAGAAAAAUGAAUAACCAAGAAAUUGUUGAACAACAGCAAAUAAUUCAAGAACUACAGCAGCAGGGACGAGAAUUUCACGAAGAUGAUACAGAAUGUAUUCUAGAAGAAAAUGAGAAGUAUCAAAUACCAAGGGAUAAAAGUGAUGACAUUGAUUUUCACUUUGCUCGCGUUAGUCAAAUGAACAAAGAUAAUAUUUCUGAACUAGAAAAACUAGACAUCGAUACCGACAUUUCAAAUGUGGAUUUAUUUGAAGAAGAAGAAAAAGAAGACAAUCAAUCUCCAGCAUCACUGUUUGCUACGAUUGGAGAUGUUAAAAAGCAAUCUACGGUCUCAGACGAAGGUUUGAACGACAGUAAUAAAUCAUACAGUGGAAGUUCUCAAGAAUUUGCAGUAUCUAGAGCCCUAGGAAAAUAUAGACUAAGAAAAUCAACGUCAGUAUCUGAUGAACAAAUUCCAGACAAUGUAUCGCCUCCAAAAUCUGAGCCAGAAGGACCGCAGGAAGAACCUGCGGAAGAGUUUGUGAAUCAUAAAGAAAAACGAAUUCGUAAACCAAGUACACCAGAAAUUAUUAAUACAACUGUCUCGGAAGAUACUACAACUUAUCACGAAAGAAGUCCUUCUGUUCAAAGUACACGGGCUAUUACAAAUAAAUUCCAACCUCGGCAUCAACAGAGUUUAGAAAUACCAAAUAAACAUGACGAUGAUGAUAGUAGAAGUACCCAUUCUUGGCGGAGUGGUUCUCGUGUAUCAUCAAGACGACAAAGUACGGAAGAUAGCAUAGACUCUGAAGAUGAAUGGUACUGUUAUGAGUUGAGAAAACUAGAAGAGAUGGAACACCAAUCUCAAAUAGAAGCUGAAAGGCAAAAGACGUUACCAGAAGAACCAGAGAUUGAAGAAGAAAUGGACGAGCCCGAUGACAAUUUAAAAGAGAAAAUGUCAUUCGUUUUACGAGAGCUAAGGCUUAAAACGGCUACGAUUAAAACCAAAUGCGAUACGACUCCGGUUCAAGAAACUUGGAAAGAUAUCACUACCUUUCCUGUUAUCGAUGAACCUUCAGUCGAUAAGGAGAGUGAUAAAGAAUAUGACGACGACAAAUCUUACGACGACUCUGGCUCUGGUGAAACUUCUGGGCCUGAUAGUCCAGUCCAGAGUGGGGAUGAGCUGGACGAUGACUACGAUAUGCCUCAAAUACACCAAGAGCCUGCCUCGGUGAAGGAGCCGCCGCCGCAACAAGAUGCUCCAGUUGGUAGCAAGUGGAAGCUGCUGAAGGCGCUGAAGGACAGGAAGGCCGAAGAGAAGACGACGGAGACACCAGCGGCGACCACACCGUCUACAGAGAAAGACAAAGUUAGCGCAGGUAAUGGCUCUGGAGGAUUCAACGAGCAAGGAGGCCGUGGAAAUGGGCACCCGGGAGACAAUCCUUUCUAUAGCAACAUCGACAGCAUGCCCGAUAUCAGGCCUAGAAGGAAGUCCAUACCACUCGUAUCGGAGCUUACCAUGGCUGCCACCAAGAGAAAUGCGGGCUUGACGUCGGCGGUACAUCGGGCGACGUUGAACGAUGAGGAACUGAAAAUGCACGUCUACAAGAAAACGCUGCAAGCGCUGAUCUACCCGAUAUCUUCGACGACGCCGCACAACUUCGUGCUAUGGACGGCGACUUCUCCAACGUACUGCUACGAAUGCGAAGGCUUGCUUUGGGGCAUCGCGAGACAAGGCGUAAGGUGUACAGAAUGCGGGGUCAAAUGCCACGAGAAAUGCAAGGAUCUGCUGAAUGCUGACUGCUUGCAGAGGGCUGCCGAAAAGUCUUCCAAACACGGAGCCGAAGACAAAGCCAAUUCCAUCAUCACUGCCAUGAAGGAACGUAUGAAGCAGCGCGAAAGGGAAAAGCCCGAAAUCUUCGAACUGAUCAGACGCGUGUUCAGCAUCGAAGGGGAGCCACAUUCAGCACACAUGAGCACCGUGAAGCAGUCAGUCCUCGAUGGAACGUCAAAAUGGAGCGCCAAAAUUGCUAUCACAGUUAUCUGUGCCCAAGGUUUGAUCGCCAAGGAUAAGAGCGGGACUUCAGAUCCGUACGUGACCGUCCAAGUAAGCAAAGUGAAGAAGAGAACAAGAACGAUGCCCCAGGAGUUGAACCCUGUGUGGAACGAGAAAUUUUACUUUGAAUGUCACAACUCCUCCGAUCGAAUCAAAGUGCGAGUUUGGGAUGAAGACAACGACCUGAAAUCAAAACUGCGGCAAAAACUAACGAGAGAAUCUGAUGAUUUCUUGGGGCAGACCAUUAUUGAGGUCCGGACACUGUCCGGUGAGAUGGACGUGUGGUACAACCUGGAGAAGAGGACGGACAAGUCAGCCGUGUCCGGGGCCAUCAGACUGCACAUCAACGUCGAGAUCAAGGGCGAGGAGAAGGUGGCGCCGUAUCAUGUCCAGUACACCUGUCUCCACGAAAACCUGUUCCACUACCUUUGCGAGGAUAAUGGGGGAGCUGUCACUUUACCAGCGGCGAGGGGAGACGAUGCCUGGAAGGUCUACUUCAACGAGAACCCUGAGGAGAUCGUGGACGAGUUCGCCAUGAGAUACGGGAUCGAAGCCAUCUAUCAGGCUAUGACACACUUCCACUGUCUAUCCACGAAGUACCUAUGCGCGGGAGUGCCAGCGGUGAUGUCGACGCUAUUGGCCAACAUCAACGCGUACUAUGCUCAUACCACGGCGUCGUCUGCCGUCUCCGCGUCAGACCGGUUCGCUGCUUCUAACUUUGGGAAGGAGAAGUUCGUCAAACUCCUGGACCAGCUGCACAACUCGCUGCGCAUAGACCUGUCGAUGUACAGGAACAACUUCCCAGCGUCCAGCGCGGAGAAGCUCAUGGACCUCAAAUCCACCGUGGACCUGCUUACCAGCAUCACGUUCUUCAGGAUGAAGGUCCAAGAGCUAAGCAGUCCACCACGCGCCAGCACCGUUGUCAAAGACUGUGUGAAGGCUUGCCUUAGAUCUACAUAUCAGUUUCUAUUUGAGAAUUGUUACGAACUCUACAACAGGGAAUUCCAGGUGGAUCCAAACGAGGCGAAGCGUGACCCAUCAGACCACGGGCCUCAACUGGACUCAGUGGACUUCUGGCACAAACUCAUUGCUCUCAUUGUAUCUGUGAUAGAAGAGGACAGGAAUAGCUACGCGCCCGUUCUCAACCAGUUCCCGCAGGAAUUGAAUAUUGGACAGUUAUCUGCUGCGACAAUGUGGUCGUUAUUCGCUGUGGAUAUGAAGUAUGCUCUAGAAGAACAUGAACAGCAUCGGCUCUGCAAGUCUUCCGCUUACAUGAAUUUACACUUCAAGGUCAAAUGGCUCCACACAAACUACGUCAAAGACGUGCCGCCAUACUGCGGUGCCGUACCAGAGUAUCCAGCGUGGUUCGAGCCCUUCGUCAUGCAGUGGUUGAACGAAAACGAUGACGUAUCGUUAGAAUACUUGAAUGGGGCCUUCAACAGGGAUAAGAGAGACGGGUUCCAAAAAUCCAGCGAGCAUGCUCUCUUCAGCAACUCAGUAGUAGACGUGUUCACGCAAUUGACGCAAUGCUUCGACGUGGUCUCCAAGCUGGAGUGUCCCGACCCUGAGAUUUGGAAGCGGUAUAUGAAGAGGUUCGCGAAGACCAUCGUCAAAGUGCUGGUAGCGUACGCCGAUAUCGUGAAGAAGGAGUUCCCUGAGCAUUUGAAGGAGGAGAGAGUGGCAUGCAUCCUCAUGAACAACAUCCAACAACUCCGAGUGCAGCUAGAAAAGAUGUUUGAAGCAAUGGGAGGGCCAAAGCUGGAGCGCGACGCGGCUGACAUCUUGAACGACUUACAACAGAGCUUGAAUAACACCCUGGAUGAGCUCGCUUCCAUGUUCGCUAUCAGCUUAGAGACACGCAUCACAGCGAGUGUAAAAGAACUAGGCGAGUUGUUACAAAAGGUUGGAGGUGGUGGUGCCCCUGGUGCCCCUCAACCACCGGCUCACCAUGAAGCUGAUGAAGUAUUGAGGCCACUGAUGGAUAUAUUGGAUGGUUCCCUAACAAUGUACGCCGAGUCCUGCGAAAAGACUGUUCUCAAGCGACUGCUCAAGGAAUUGUGGAAGAUUGUGAUGAAGAUUCUAGAGAAGACUGUUGUAUUGCCGCCUAUGACUGACAAAACGAUGAUGUUGAAGAACUUGACGAACAACGCGAAGAACUUAGCAGCGAACGCGAAGAUCGAGGAUAUGACGCAGCUGUUCAAGAGCACCGUGGGCAAGCAAGACGUCAAACACGCGUUGUCGGGCGUCAUGGACAUUUCGAAAGAGCAUCUAUCAGCAGAGAAGAGCUUAACACCCAAGCAGUGUGCAGUCUUAGACGCAGCGCUGGACACCAUCAAGUUGUACUUCCACGCGGGUGGAAACGGUCUGAAGAAGACUUUCCUAGAGAAGAGUCCAGAACUGCAAUCAUUGAGAUACGCACUCAGCUUGUAUACUCAGACCACUGACACGCUGAUCAGGACGUUUGUGACCAGUCAGCAGAAUCAAGGUAAGAUCAUAGCGGAAGAAGGAAGCGUCGGCGAAGUGUCGCUGCAAGUGGACUUAUUCACGCAUCCUGGCACCGGUGAACAUAAAAUCACCGUCAAAGUGGUAGCCGCCAACGACCUCAAGUGGGUGAUAGCGAGCGGCAUGUUCCGUCCAUUCAUCGAGGUCAACCUCAUCGGGCCCCACCUCGCCGACAAGAAGAGGAAGUUCGCCACCAAGUCCAAGAGCAACAACUGGAGCCCCAAGUUCAAUGAGACUUUCCACUUCAUGGUGAGCGCGACGGAACAGCUGGAACUUUUCGAACUGCACGUGUGCGUACGGGACUACUGCUUCGCGCGCGAGGACCGGCUUGUAGGCGUGGCAGUUAUGCGGCUGGCUGAUAUCGCUGAGCAGGGCACAUGUGCAUGUUGGCUACCACUCGGCACCCGGGUCAAGAUGGACGAGACGGGAUGGACCAUCCUUCGGAUACUCUCGCAGCGGCACAGCGACGAGGUGGCCCGCGAGUUCGUCAAGCUCAAGUCGGAGAUGAGGACCGAAGCGCCCGCGGGCCAGGGCCCCUCGUGAGACCCCCGGGACCCCGGACCCCGUGCCACCCACGCCCGCUCCACGGCCUGAAACGGCCCCCUGGACCCCUGGACCCCCGGACCCCCGGACC